GUGGAAAAAGAAGUGAAGGAGAUGGGAAAACUGGCAGUGGAGUUUUACAAAGGUCUAUUGGGGGCAGUUGAUGGUAAUGUUCAACCAUUCCCAGUUGAGUUUUUUGCCGAGUUGCUGGUAAACAAACUGACAGAGGAGAAAGCUGCUUGCUUGACUUUGCCUAUUACUAUGGAGGAAAUAAAACAUGUCUUCUUUAGUAUGGGAAGAGAUAAAGCACCAGGUCCUGAUGGGUUUGUUGCUGAAUUUUUUAAGUUGGAUUGGGAGGUGGUAGGUGUUGAUGUGGAGAACAUUGUUCUGGAAUUCUUCAAAACGGGGAUCAUGCCUAAACAGGUAAACUCUACAGUUAUUGCACUUAUCCCUAAAUUGCCUGUUGUGGAGAAAAUGAAAUAUUUUUGGCCUAUUUCUUGCUGUAAUGUGAUUUAUAAGGGUAUUUCAAAGUUGCUCUCACGUAAACUGUCAAUGGUGUUACCCAAACUAAUUGGAAGAAGUAUGUCUGCCUUUGUGAAGGGGAGGCUGAUUAGUGAUAAUUUUCUAAUGGCAACAGAACUUGUCAAGGAUUAUCAUAGGAGCAGAAUUUCUUCUAGGUGUGCACUAAAGAUAGAUUUGAUGAAAGCCUUCGACUCUGUCAAUUGGAAGUUUCUUUUCACAGUUAAGUCUGCUAUGGGAAUGCCAAGUAGUUAUGUAAAGCUUGUGGAAUCUUGUGUAUCCACUCCAAUGCUCAAUGUUUUUUUUAAUAGAGGGCUAUGUGGGUAUUUUCCGGCUGCUAAAGGUUUGAGGCAAGGGGAUCCUAUGUCCCCUUACCUAUUCACGAUAGCAAUGGAAGUGUUCUCAUGCCUCCUUGCUCGAGCAGUGCAUGCCAAACAAAUUCCCUUCCAUCCUCGUUGUAAAAGUCUGGAGAUCACACAUAUCUGCUGGUCUUUACGAAUGGGAGAACUCAUGCAGUUUUUGGUAUUCAGCAGGUUCUUAACAAGUUCUAUGAAGUCUCAGGCCUAAAGUCUAAUCCACAGAAAUGCCCGUUGUUUUGUGCUGGGAUCUCGCAAGAUAAAGAGCAAGUAUUAUCUGAUCAGACUAGGUUUCCUUUGGGGAAGCUACCUGUUUGAUAUUUGGGAGUGUCGCUUCUGUCAGGUAAACUGACUUCUGCAAACUGCGAAUGCUUGGUGGACAAAAUCACAAAAAGGAUUCAUACAUGGCAGGCCAGGUUAUUGAGUUACGCAGGUAAAUUGCAGUUAAUUGAUUCGGUUGUUACUAGUUUAUUCCUGUUGAUGUGACUUGAAUCGGACUAUCAGCCGCUACGACUGGUAAUCGGGGGUCUCGCUGUAAUCUGUAAUCUGUAAUCUCCUCAAUAUAGUGAAACUGGCUCUCUCUCGCCCGUGGACGUAGCUAACACACAUCGUGUUAGUGAACCACGUAAAUCGUGUGUCGUGUUUUCGAUUCUCGCUUUCGUAUUCUUGCUUUAUUGAUUCCUGCGAUUUCCCAAUCCGUAGCAGCGCGUUUAUAACAAGUGGUAUCAGAGCCGCGGCUGGAAAUCAGGCUACGGUUUUCGAUUCAGAAGAAUGACGUCGGUGAACAUGACGAUCGAAAAGUUCACGGGGAAGAACAGCUUCGCUAUAUGGCAGAUCAAGAUGCAGGCUUUAUUAAAACAGCAAGGGCUGUGGCGGCCGUUGUCUGCGAAACAGAAGAAGGAAGCGGUCGAUGACGAUGAGUGGAAUACCCUGGAGGAGAAGGCCCACUCGACCAUCAUGCUAUCGUUGUCUGAUGACGUCAUCAUUGAAGUCGGUACUGAGAAGACUGUCGCGGGCUUGUGGUUGAAACUAGAGUGUCUGUACAUGACUAAGUCUCUAACCAACAAGCUGCAUUUCAAGCAACGGUUGUUCAGCUUGAGGAUGCAAGAAGGUACGCCGUUGAGGGAACAUCUCGAACAGCUUAACUCUAUUUUGCUGGAUCUGCGUAAUAUAGAUGUUCAAGUUGAUGACGAGGAUGCUGCCCUAAUCCUGCUGUUUUCUUUGCCGAGUUCAUAUGAGAAUUUUGUUGAUUCUUUUAUUGCUGGUAAAGAAAGCGUGUCGUUGGAGGAUGUCAGGUCUGCUCUUCAUACGAGAGAGAUUAGGCAUAAGGCGUCCGGAUCUGGUACAGGUGGUGAGGCAUCGGGUUUGGCUGUUACAGGUGGAAAGGGAAAGAAGAAAUCUGGUAAAGGGAAUUCUAACAAGAAUUCCAAGGGUCCCGGUCCACAACCAGGUGAUGCUUGUCACAACUGUAAGGAAGUGGGGCAUUGGAAGUACAACUGCCCCAAGAGAAGAGGGCAACAGAAGCGAUGACUACUCAGCGAAUUCUUAUUAUUUAGCGGUGAAACUUUAGUGCAGGUUCAAACAAGCAAACAAGCAAGCAAUUAAACGGUUGUUUUCAAGUCGAGAGAGGUCACCCAUAUAUGGUUCCCCCUAGACUACACUUAAGCCGGAUUGCAAUUUACCAAGUUCAGUUUUUAUGAUAGUUAUACUGCGGGAGGUUCUUAAGCAGUCUGAAGUCUGGUCUAAAGGUCUCCAGACCCUCUCAAUCUGAGUCCCCAGAGGGCGACUAACCUCCACCGGAGUAAACAGAUUGAGGCCCUAACGAACCAAACCUCCACUACCGAAGUAAAUUCGGUACAGAAUAGUGAAUUGGCUCCUCGACUAAAGUCGCCAAUUCACUACCUUCAAUUAAGUGUGCUCUAUCAACCUAGGCAGAUAUUCUCUUUCUAGGUUAAAGCAGAAACAACAGGAAUUUGAUGAGGAUUCAUGUCAUUCAAUAAAUCAAACCUCAAUUGAAUAUAAUCAGAUCAUAGAAUCUGUACUUGGGUUCAUACAAUCAGACCUAACAUACAAAUCUAGGGUUCUCCAUACCCAGAUGAAUGAGGGAGUUACUCCAUGGAGCGAGAAGCAAAAGCAAGUUCAGAUGCGGAAUCCAUACUGUGAAGGAUGGGUUUCUGCUCCUGGUCGUCAAUCGGCACUUCUCCAAGUGUGAGCCGAGCUCCAAUGGUGAUGAAGAUCAAGCUAGGGCACUUGGGAACUCUGGUUCGUCGCUUUCUCUCUCUAGGAAUCGCUCUGUCUCCCUAAAACUCGAAACCCUUGAUUUUUAGCCUUCUUUUCCCUUAAGAAGCUGUCUGUCGCGAUCCCCAGCCCAAAUAACCGGUCGGGUAUUUUGGGUGGCGACCGGGUAUGUGCAAAACGCACCGUCUGGUAACAGGGCGAAAUCCCCGGUCAUGUCCAAGAAUCCCCGACCGGGGAUUUUUGCCUCCUGCCCAGGCCCCCUUCUGUUUCUCAAAGACGCCCAAAGCGUCAGAUCCCCGGUCGUCGUCAAAUAAUACCCGGCCGGGUAUUUCUGAUCAUGGCCGGGUAUUUUUGCUCUCCAGCACAUUCCUAACCUCACUUGCUCCUUUUCACCCGAAUCUCGUUCCUCCGCCUCGAUGCCAACGCUAAGCCCUGAAAUAUGACAUAAACGCACAACCUAGCGUGAAAUCGGCUUAAAACACGAGAAUCAAUGUCUCAAACGGCAAAAUAAUAGGGGUAAAAACAUGUGUAAUUAAUGGUCUAUCAAAAGUAAGAAAUCAUAAGAGCUAUACAGUAGCAAUGCAAUAAAACUCAUAUGAUGUUUUAUGAAGACAUGACAAAGGAGGAGAAAUUAAGAGAUAUCUUGUUUGGCUUGUCAUAAAGGUCUUCGCAGAAUGAUUGCAUUGACUAUGAAAAGACUUACUUUCAUAUGGUGGAUUUGACUUUUGGUUGUAUAUAAAAUUAUAUAUGCGUCUAAGGAAUGUUAUUACAAUGCACUGAUUAAGCAUGCCUAAUGAUGAUAUUGAUAUGAAACUCUCUAAAGGAGUUAGUUUGCUCGAAGAAAAUAUGUUAAGGUUCUAGGGAACAUUGCUCAACUCAUUAAACCUCCUAAAUCAAAUCAAAAGAGCAUCGACAAAAUGAUUGUCUCAAUGAGUUCCCUACAAGAAUGGAAGAAUACGUUCGAGACAGGCAGAUGCAUUUACCUAAAAUACCUUCCAAUGAUUGUUUCAUGUGUUCUGACAAAGAAUCAUUGGUUGAAGAUACCGAAUUUCUUAUAUUAAUGUGUUGAAAAAUUCUUUACCUCCUUUGGGUUGUCGACACAUUUAUAAACAAUGAUCUUAUGU